AUGGCAACUUUAACUGGGAAACUGCGUGGUCACAGGGAUGGGAUUCAAUCAUCCCAGAUUCCUCACACUCCACCUGGAUCUGCAGGGAGAGAAGGAAAGAAGAAGAAGAAAAGAAGAAACACGACUAAAGAGAAAAACAAACCCAGCUGUGAGCAAAAGAAGAGAGGACAUCCGAGCACACCUUCCCAUUCUGAUGACUCAGAGAAACCCCAGACGCAACGGUCAAGCAACACGGAGACGAGCAGUGACCUGAACCCUGCCAAAGGCCAUGUCAAAGAGCGGAGUGGAAGGAAAUGCCGUAAAGGCAAACACACACAGACUGCAGUGGAGGAAACCCCAGCUCCAGAGACAGAGGAAAAAAUGGAAGUGAGCAGCCAAGCACAGGAGAGCCUGAGGUGGGAAGGGGUUCUGGAUGAUCCGAUUGCUGAAGCAGAGCGGCUGGAGGUCUACAAAGCUAACCGGCGCAAACGCUACAUGGCAUUCAAACAGACACUAUUAGAAAAUGCCAAGGCGGUGCUAGGUUCUGAGUCAGAUGUGAAUAAACUGGGUAGAACAUGCAAAGCUGGUUCAGCAGCUAUUGUGUAG